UUCUUAACCUGCUGAGCCAUGAUGGGAACUCCUGGGCAGCGUAUAAUUUAACUCAAACUCUGAAGCUGUCCUCCUGGUGUUGGUAUUGGACCCCACAGAUUAAGGCCUCAGUCCCGCCAGAUCCCCUCCCCGACUUCAGACCCCAGUCGCAAGUCCGGGUUGUCAUCUGUGCUACAAAUCGGAGUUCCUAUGACCCACUCCAAGGGUUCCAUUGAUCUGCUAGAGCAGCUCAGAGAACUCAGAAAGCAGUUUACUUACCGGACCACCGGUUCCUUGUAAAAGGCUCCAACUCAGGACCAGCCAGAUGGAAGGAGGUGGGGCAGGAUGAGUGUGAGCAGGUGCAGCGCUUCCAGCCCUCUCCAGGCUCCAGGCUCGGUGCCCCCAGCACCUCCACCAGUUCACAGCCCAUCGCUGCAUGUUUAUGGGGGUUCCUUACAUAGGUGUGCCUGGUCGAGUCAUUGGCCUUUGGUGACUGAAGGACCCCCCAGUCCUCUCCUCACUGCCUCGGGUGGUGGGGCUUCCAGGGCGACCCACCAGUAGGAGUUUCCUGAAGUCUCAUUUACAUCAGCUCAGGUGUGAUUGAGGGGUUCGUUUUGAGUAACCAGACAUUCCUCUCACCUUGAUGGCUGUGGAGCUGCUUCAGAAACCGAUGACAAAAGCUCAGAUAUUAAAGGAUGCUCCUUUGUCCUUAUCUCUUAGGAAAUUCCAAGUGUUUUAGGAAUUCUGUGCCAGGAACAGGCAGGACGACCAAAUGUAUGUUUCCUAUUUAAAUGGCAAGAUCACAGGCGGAAGAGGGCAAAGAUGGAAAAGGAAGAGUCAAGGUCAUUGGAGAGAUGCUGUCCUUCGAGGAUGUGGCCCUGUACUUCACCAGGGAGGAGUGGGACACGCUGGGCUGGGCUCAGAAGGGCGUCUACAGAGAAGUGAUGCUGGCCAAUUACAGAAACAUGGUCUCCUUGGGGGUUUUAUUAGAAGUGAACCAAAAUGAAAAGCAGAAUCUAUCACCUGACAAUACAGAACAGAAUGGUCUGGCUUGGGUCACAAAAGAGAGCCGAAGGCCGCUAACCCAUGCCUGUGACUGGAGGCCUGGCCCUGGGACUCACUGAAGCAAGCCCUUUGUGAGUGCCACCCCGCUGGGAACCAGCAGCGGCACAGCCCUUACCUGGCGAGCCCGUGUGGCCAUAACCCUUGGGCGCACUCUUCCUGCAGUCGGUCCUCUGUGCUGCGUCCAGACGCUCCCACUCCUCCCAGGUGAGAGAUGCGGCCACCUCCUGGACUGUCUCCAACCCCUGGAACAACACAAGACCUCCCCUCAGCGCCUGCUGUCCCGGCAUGAUGUUAGCAGGAGUGUCAGGGCGAGGCUGGACUCCAAAGAGAAGCCUGCAGGCUCUGAGAAGCGAGGAACAGCCACGCCAUGGAGUCUUUGUAGGUGAGCCUUGUACGGACUGGGGAGCUGCAGAGCGGCCAAAGACAGGAGUGGGCAUUCCCUGCUUUCCUGAAAAGCCUGGCUUGUGGACUGUCUACACUACUUUGGGGUGAGAGCACAGUAUCCAUUUGAGGUACAUCAUGGUGAUUUAUCAAGAUGGAAACCUGAUACGGGUUUAAAAAUAAACAGGGAACCAAAGUCCCGAGUGCCAGGGCUGGCUCUCAGACGCUGCUUCCUCAUGUAGGAAAUGGACGCAAAGAUCCACCUUAAGGUGAAGGUACCUCGCCAAUAAUAAGUGCCUUCCCGUCCCUUGACUGUUCCACAAGGUAAUUAUCCAAUGAAAUGAUCUUUUGAGAUGGUCCAUUGAAAUGCAGCUGGACCAUCACAGAAGGUAAAGCAAAGUUCUUAAAAAGGGAAAGUUCUGAAACAGCAGGGAGGUGUUGUCCAGCUUCCAGUUAUGGGU